UAUGCAUCCCUAAUUGACGUUGGGGCUGUGCCCUCAUUGGUUUUGCACCAUCAUGUUCGGAAGUCUGAAAGUUGUCCUGGCAUCCUGUCAACUGCUUCAAGCAUUCUACCAACGUUCUCUGCACGCUGCUCCGUGGGAGGGCUGGGACAACCGAGGAUGGCCCUCAGCUCGACAGGCUAUGGCUGAAUGGUACGAUGUGCUUCCAUGCAGUUGAUCCUCUGCACGGAUGAUCACUGACAAACUAAGAGCACCGUGGCUGGGGGAAUGAGGCUGUCAGGCCCGAUCAAUUGAUGGCCUCGCCCAUCGUAACCCAGACACGCGGCUCGGUAAACUGAUCCCUGUGUAACCCUCAAAUCCCCUUGACGCUACUCCCUACAGCAUCCCAUCCACGACGUUGAUGAGCCAACCCCGAACCAAGGCCAUUCCAUGACAAAGCCCCAGGCGAGCUGAAUGAACCACCUGGACCCCCAGAUCAUCCUGGCCCUGGACCUUCCCAGCAAGUGAGGCGCAUGGGCCUCCCACGUCCAAGUCCCAACAGGGCCGAAAUCCCUGUGACUGACACUGUGACUGUUUUACAUCUCGGAUUCCAAAACCCCACAUUCAUCAUCAUUACACCAGCCAAAGCAGGGAGCGUGCAGCGUGCUUGAUUGCUUUCACAGUUUCCGAACGUGUGGCAUACGCUAAGCUGCGCGGGAUGACACUUGGAGGGGCGCAAAAAGGAAAGCAGGUUCACGUUCUUGGGGGGAGGGGGAAAAUAGAGAAAGGGUCAAGAUCCCUGUUGAGAAACGGGGCUUGCAGCUGCGCCUGUGUUUACUACUGCCAGCACGGUGAGGACGGUGACCACGCUCGACGAGUGGUGAUGUCAAGGCUAUGCGGCAAGUGCAGCAUUCCCAGUCCUAGCCGAAAGAAUACGGGCAGGGAGAGGCAGUGUAUGUGUGUAAGGGGAUACGAGAUCGAAAGCAGACGAUGCAGUUGGAGCAGCAUCGUCAGAGGCCAGAUGGAAGAAGCGAUCAGAGGAGCAAAGGCCGGAGCUUCUACUUCACUCACCGGGCUCUGGCAUACUUGAGCCUUGCCUGCUUCCCAUCCUGAGCCUAUCAAUCCCUUCCUUCAGUCAUCGCCUGCGUGCUUCCCAGUCUGUCUUCCCCCCAAUAUACCCACUUGCAUUCUUCCCCAUCACCAGUCUCUAUUGCAAUAUCAAAUCACCAGUCCGCUAUUCUUCUCGCCUGUCUCGUUCUAGGCUGUGUGCGAAACCAACUCGUCUGGACCGUCAAAGGAUACCAUGGUUAACGGCGCAGGAUCCGAAUACUUAAGCCGUUGCGUCCUCGUCGUACUAUUGACCUGGAUCUUCGCACGCGGCAGGUCCUAUAGCUUGCCGCACCGCCUGACAUUCGCAUUCAUCACUCCUUUCAACAUCGCAUGGAUCCAAGAGGCCCUGAAUGCGCACAUUGUCGGCCGAAACCUGCGCUGGAUUGAAGUUUUCCAGCAAGCCUCUCACCUCCGCGGGCUCCUUGAUGAUCCUGAGUACGAGGACAGCCACAGCAAAUCAUGGACCAUACGUUUCAAUUGGCUGAUGAACGCGGCCAUUAUCUACGUCGGGGCAACCUCGCAACCCAUAACCAGGAACUGUCUGCAGCCUCGGCCGCUGCCAGUGGCGGCAAUGUCUCGAUGGUUUUCUGAGUACUUCGGUAUCCCGUUCACCAUCCAGGACCUCGAAUACCACAUCACACGCUGGGUCAUCAUGCUCUCAAGCGCGGCUGGAGAGGUGCAGGACAGGCUGGACCCGUCUGCUCCUAGGGUGGAGGGGAACAUGGCCAGAUAUCUAGGGGUGCCCUUGUCUCCUUUGGCGCCAUAUAUUGCACAACAACUGUGUGGCCCAUUCAGAGUUUUCCACGAAGAAGUCGUGCAGUGGUAUCCGCCUCGUGUGUGGGAGAACCGUCUCACGCCCAUGUCGCCAUUCGACACUAGCACAGACUUGGAUUUCCACUCUGGCGUAGACACCACCGACCACUAUCUCCCGUCUGGUCUAUGCGUGAGACAGUUCAUACCCAGGCACGAACGGCGGGACUUGCCGGUCAUUAUGUGGUUCGCGGGGGGAGGUUGGAUGCUUGGAGACAUAUCGGGAGACAACAAUGUACUCAGUCAGAUUGCGGCUCGUUGUGGAUGCCGAGUUUUCACUGGUGCCUACCGCCGGCAGGAGUUCCCCAUUCCACAUGACGACGCCAUGGUGAUGGCAGACUGGGUCAAGAAUCGAGUGGGAAGGAAAGAGGUGGUCAUUGCUGGCGUAUCAUCGGGCGGGAAUCUGGCCGCUGCCACCGCAUUGGCAUGGUCGGCGGCACAACGCCCUCCAGCGGGCCUGCUCCUCGUCGCUCCCAGCUUGGACAACACGUCCGAGUGCGAGGAACGAUGGCGGCCAAACUGGGACGCUCCCUGGCUGACUCCCGCCACCAUGCGGUUUUUUCAGGAUCGGUGCUUCCGGAGCCCCGGGGACAGGUCCAGGGAGAAUUGGAGGGCCAGUCCCAUCUACGCCGACCAGCGGACCAUCGAGUCCACCCGGGCCUUCCCGACCAAGGUCGUGGCCAUGGCCGGCGACAUCUUACGUCGAGAAAGCGAAGACUUCGUGGCCCGCCUGGAGGCGGCGAGUUGUCAAGCCACUCUGAGCAUCUUUCCCCAUGGCCACACCGGCUUGUUGAUGCAGGGUCUCGUGGGGACGGCCUUGCUCGACGAGAUGAUCGAUUGGAUCAGGCUCCGAACAAGCAAGCACACCAAUUGAGGGCGCGGCAAGCGGCAAGCGGCAAGCGGCAAGCGACAAGCGGAACGAAUCCAGGCGAAAUUUUGGGGUCAAAAGGUUUCUUGGGACGAGGCGAAGAUGCUCGAGGUGCUAUGUUUUCAGAGGACGCUUGCUAUCUCGAGGGAAAUGAAUACUGG